AAAAGAAGAAAAAUGGUGGCGACUUUGUUCCAAACGCUUGAGUUAUGAAAUGUAAUUUUGUAAUAAAGCACAUCGUCUUCCGAUUUUCAGAUUUGGUUUGUACAUCAUCAUGGAUAAAAUGGAUAUACCGGUACUUGAACUUCCCGAUAGCAGCAGUUCAAGUAGUGGUGGUCAUGAUGCCGUCACAUUAAAUGAUGCAGUGCCCAUGGUGACUCCUGUCGAUUCUGGAUCAACUGAUGCCAACCCUUUUCACGUGGACACUGGGUUAAUUCCACAAGCAUCACUCGAAGACAAUGCAGCUGCAGAGCUCGAACGUUUGGGUCUCAAUGUUUUCAACCAGGCUGAAUUUGAACAAGGUGUUAUGGCCCAAGUGGACAAAGCCCUGGCCAUUGAAGAAGAACACCGACUCAAAAAAAUACUGCAGAAGGAGUUGAAGUCUGUUGAUGAGAGUUACAGCACAACAGAGAAGGAAAUUAAGCAUAUUAACAAAGUACUGGCUUCAUUUCAAGUUUCUGAAACAUGCUUUGGUGAGGUUAAGAGGAAAUAUGAUGCUGUUUGGCGAUCAAAAAACAACAAGUUGAACCAACUUAAAAAGUUGAAAGCCCGGCGCAGGUAUCUGCAAAUAAAGCUCUAUGGUGUUCCAGCAGAAAGCAAUAGUCAAUCCGCAGAUGAAGAAGAUGAAGACAGUGCUGACUUUAUGUCCACCAAUAAAUUGGAAGAAGAAAAAGAGAGAGACCGCUUGAUACGACUUGGACACAUGACUCCAUUUGGCACACUAAUUAAGAAUGAUGAAACAGCGAAACCGAUUCUUCCAACUGAAGACAAACCACCACAACCAUGUACAUCUCAGAUGUCGGAUUUUGAAAAAUUCUUGUCUGAAAAAGAUUUGCCAUCUACCAUAAAAUGUAAAGUGGUAAAGAAAUCCUCCCAAACAUUGAUUAAACCUUUAGUUAAGAAAAGGUUGUCAAAAUCAAUUGAAGAUGGUUCUUCUGAGAGUCCUUCAAAGAAAUUUAAGCAGAACAGACCAAAUCUCAUUAACAGUAGUGAUAAAAAAGUAUAUUCAUGGGAGAAUCAACAGCAGAAACAAGAUCACAGAUUACCUCAAUGUGCCACUGAGAAUGAUGAAGACACAUAUUCUGAUAAUGACAUGCAAGUGAGUAGUGAUGAUGAAUACCUACCCGAUAAACAUGAAUGGAAGAUGGAAUAUGACUCUGAUGAAUUUGAGGAUGUUGUCAAAAAGCAAGUGAAAAAAAGGGUCUUGCAGACUAACAAGUUACCACCAUACACUGAUAAUGACUAUGUUCCUUCUCGGAAAAAAACUAAAAAUACUCGUUCAUCUGUGAGGAAGACGAGAGAUGAUGGUGAUGAGAAGUUUUACAACAAACGGUUGAAAGAGCAGCACAAGACUGAUUUAUUGAAUAAAUAUGAGUGCGAACAGAAUGGCUUUGAGUCUGAUAUGGAGGAUAAGGAGUUUGAAGGAGGACUCAAGAUUCCUGGCAAAAUCUGGAGUAAACUGUACAAUUAUCAGAAGACGGGAGUACAGUGGCUGUGGGAAUUACAUUGCCAGGAGUCUGGAGGAAUUGUGGGGGAUGAAAUGGGACUUGGUAAAACCAUUCAAAUGAUUGUUUUCCUCGCAGGUCUAAAGUGUAGCAAACUACGAUGCAGAAAUAUGCCUUUCGUUGGACUAGGACCAUGUAUAAUUGUCUGUCCGACGACGGUCAUGCAUCAGUGGGUCCAAGAGUUCCACAAAUGGUGGCCACCUUUCCGUGUAGCCAUUCUUCACUCAUCUGGUGCACACUCUGGGAGUGAGUCAGAUCUGAUACACUCUAUUUCAAAAUUUGGUGGUGUUCUAGUCACAUCAUUCAACACCCUUGUGCAGCACCAAGAAACUGUGCUACGUUGCAACUGGCAUUAUGUUGUGUUGGACGAGGGACACAAGAUACGCAACCCCGAUGCCCAGAUAACACUUGCAUGUAAACAGUUUCGUACUCCACAUCGGAUAAUCCUGUCAGGUUCACCAAUACAAAACAACCUAAAAGAACUGUGGUCGCUGUUUGACUUUGUGUUUCCUGGCAAACUUGGAAUGUUGCCAGACUUCCUGCAGCACUUCUCUGUUCCUAUUGUACAGGGCGGCUAUGCCAAUGCAACCCAAGUUCAGGUGGAAACAUCUUACAAGUGUGUGUGUGUUUUGCGGGAUACCAUCAACCCAUAUCUGUUGAGGAGAAUGAAGGCAGACGUGCAAAGCAAUAUAAAUCUACCGAACAAAAGUGAACAGGUUUUAUUUUGUCGGUUGACAGAUGAACAAGAAGAAGUAUAUCAGGCUUAUUUGGAUUCCAGAGAAUGUCAGAAUAUUCUUGCAGGGAGAUACAAGAUUUUUGCUGGAUUGAUAACUUUGCGUAAGAUCUGCAACCAUCCAGAUUUAUCAACUGGUGGACCACGCAUAUUUGUUGGGCAGUCGACAGGCGGUGAUGAGACCUUGGAAUAUGGAUACUGGCGUCGCUCAGGGAAACUUAUUGUAGUAGAAGCCCUACUACGGCUGUGGAAAAAACAAAGACACAGAAUUCUGUUGUUUUCUCAAAGUAGAAUGAUGUUGGAUAUCUUGGAAUCAUUUGUAGUCAAACAAGACUACAAUUACCUCAGGAUGGAUGGCACUACUCCUAUAUCAGCUAGACAACCUCUUGUUACCAAAUUCAACAGUGACAUUUCUCUGGAUGUGUUUCUGCUCACCACACGUGUCGGUGGCCUCGGGGUCAAUCUGACUGGUGCAGACCGAGUGAUUAUUUUUGAUCCAGACUGGAACCCAAGUACGGACAUGCAGGCACGGGAGAGGGCGUGGAGGAUUGGCCAGACAAGACCAGUAACGAUAUAUCGUCUCCUUACUUCAGGAACCAUUGAGGAAAAGAUUUAUCACAGACAAAUUUUUAAACAGUUCUUGACCAAUCGUGUUUUAAAAGACCCCAAACAAAGAAGAUUUUUCAAGUCAAAUGACAUUUUUGAGUUGUUUACGCUCAACAACAGAGGUGACGGAGAGGGUACUGAGACCAGUGCAAUCUUUGCCGGGACCGGGUCAGAGGUCAAAGUACCUAAAAAGAACAAAGUAAAUCCAUUUGAUGAGAUGAACAGGCAGAAAAAGUCUAAAAAUGUGGAUGAGUUUGAAGCUAGUUUGAGUGAAGAUGAGUUGGCUAGGAUGAGAUCUUUUGCAAAGAAGUUAAGUAAACAGAUAGGGGAAGGGAAAUUGAAAUCUUCCCAGCACACAGCAAGCAGAAAAACUGUGAAUGGCCUAUCUGCAAGCAAUGUGGAAAGCAGAGAUGCAUUGAACAGUGUUAUAAAUGAUUCUCCAAAACCAUUCGGUGGUUCCACUUUCAAAGAAAGAUCAUCAGAAAAGAUUAGCAAAGAAAUACGAAAGAACUGUAUUGCAAAAGUAGGCCUUGUCAGACAUAGAAACUGUACGUCUGUUCAUGAAAGUAACAACGGAGAUUACAGUACCAGCAAGAAGAGGAAGAAGAGAAAGAAACGUAAAGAUGCAAAAUUUGAAGGUGAGCGAAUUCCACAUCUGGACAGGCACAAGGCACUUCCAUCUCAGACAGCUGAUGAAAAAACAUCACAGAACAAAUCUUUGCAGCAAGAUGAUUAUGUUCUGAGAGCACUCUUCAAAGAAACAGGUAUUCAAGGAGCCUUGAAACAUGAUAAGAUUGUGGACUCGAGUCGACCAGAUUAUGCCUUGGUUGAGGCAGAAGCAGAGAAAGUAGCCAAACAAGCAGCUAUUGCCCUUAAAAAAUCCAGGUCUAUGUGCUUGCCUGCAGUUUCAGGUAUUCCAACUUGGACUGGAGAGCAUGGAGGUAUAUUAUCGAGACCUAAGUUUGGAAAAAAGAAAAACAAUUUACUGGUUCGACAGUCAAAGGCAGUGAAAACAGCAGUAUCUUCGUCAGUGGAAGAUACUAAACCGAAACUAUUUGAUGGCAGUGUGUCUGGAAGUGUGGCAAACACUGUUAGUUCGAUGUCUUCAGAUGAACUGUUAACCAAGAUGAGAAACCGACACCGGAUGUCCACAUCGCAGCAGGAGGGUGAUGGUGACCCUCUUGAUCUUUUGUGUCCCCGUGACAUGGAGCUGAUGACCGACAUUCGAAACUUCGUGGCAUUCCAAGCAGCAGUUGAUGGACAAGCAACAACUCAGGAACUUAUUGAACAUUUCAAGCCACAAAUUCCGAAGGAUGGCUCAGCAAAAUUCAAGGCAAUGCUAAGGCAGAUUUGUGACUUGGAAAAGAUUAAUAGAUCUGGUUUGUGGAGAUUAAAAUAUGAAUAUAGGUGAUCAGUCAAAUCCUUAAAACUUUUGCUUCUCAGGACUGUAAAUAUCUGUUUUGAUUAUUUUUGUACGCUCAAGAAUCCAGGUGAAAUAUUUUGUUUUAAAAAUGUGCAAUAAAACAACCAAUACCAAUACAACCACAUAAACUAAUACCAAUUUACAAUAAUUAAAUUUCCGUUCAUUCAUUACAACAUAAUGUCAUCCCAUUGGUCCAGACGUAGCAAUGGGAGUUUGUUCAUUUAAGAAUUGACCGCAAUUAUUUUUUGGUUCAUGCAAGUAUGAACCGAAAAAACGAUGCGUAGCGGGUCAUACAAAAGUGUCCACAUUGUUUUCUUGGUUCAUACUUGGUUGAACCAAAAAAUUAUUGCGGUCAAAUCUUAUAAUUAAAUUUAUAUGCAUAUUUUAACAAUACAUAACUGAAUUUAUUUUGUUUAGCUGUAGUAUUGUUUAUGUAAACGUCAUUGAUACUUAUGUCGCGU